ACAACAGGCAUUCCCCAUGGACCUAGGAUGAGCAGUGGAGAGCAGAUCCCACCUAUCAGAGUUCAUGCAGGAAUGCCCUGCCCAUCUUCAAAUAGCAGCACCCUAAGCCCAGCUAUUGGAAGCUUGUCUGCCAGCCUACACUUAAAGGUGCCCCUUGGAGGAGGGGUAGCUCCUCAGAGCAACAUUAUUGACAGUGCUUUUGACCUUCCUGCUCUAAGUGCCAGGAAACAAGUGGUUACAAAUGGGAAGCCUUUGUUACAAGUCCCACAGCCCGCAGGACUGCCACUUCCACAGUCUUUAAAGCCAGAACAGCAAGAGUUUGGAAAUACUUUCUCCGUAGGCACAGGUGAAGGAGCUCUUGCUUAUGGACCCCAGUGCAAGUCCAUUGGAAAAGACAUCUGCAACAAUGUGAUAGUCACCAGCAAUCCCAUGACAAUUCCACAUCUGGGACCUGUUUCACGUCCUACUAAUCAGAUUUCAACAGCAUGCAACCAGAUCAGUCCUAGCUUACAGACGUCCAUGGAUGCUUCCACCCUGAGUGCUUCCCCGUCAGAUUCAAGGUUGCUCUUGUCACAUGAAUCUACAACAUUAAGCUUGUCGGGAAGUCAGUCCACUUUGAGUGUUAAGCAAGAGCAGUCGCAUGGGUACAGGAUACUUCCUUCUGUUCCUCCUGACAAAGGUUUGCAAAACAGCAGUGAGCUGGGGGACUUACUAAAUUUUUCAUCUGGAACAUCUGUGUCCAGUAACUCUGUCUCUAACUCAUUGCCAUCCUACUUAUAUGGCAUGGAAAAUAACCAUUGUUCUUACUCUAGCCCUUGCCAUUCCUCAGCCCGGUCUCAAUUAGCCCGCUCCAAAAAGAGAGCACUCUCUCUAUCUCCUCUUUCUGACAGCAUUGGGAUUGACUUCAAUACAAUCAUCCGUACAUCCCCAACGUCUCUCGUGGCCUACAUCAACAGCUCCAGGACAUCACCAGUAAACGUCUCCCCUCAGCCUGAGGUCUAUGGACAUUUUUUGGGAGUGAGAGGAAGCUGUAUACCCCCAAACUGCUCUAUUCCAGCUGCCCAGAAAGGCCUUCUCAUGGCAAAUGGCAACAUCACCUUCCCAGAGCAUGUUGAGAACGGGACUGGUGAGUACCAGCGGAUGCAGCAGCUGGAGCAAGCUGGCUUGCAGAUGGCCACCGCAAGUAACAUGGUGAUCCAGCAGGGUGUGCUGCCCACAGAGAGUCAGGUGGUGGGUGCCCUGAAAAGUGAACAGACGAGUGGCUUCUUGGACCAUACUGUUGACAUGCCUCCUCCACCCCUGCUGCUGCUGCCUCCUCCACAAGGGCCGCCCCCACCCUACCAUACUCAUCAGCACCGGCAUCCACACAGUCAUAUUCACCCACUGCCUGUGCCUCCAUCUACCCCAAGCUCCCUUCUUGAUGAAGAUGAUGAGCUAGAUGAUUUCAGUGGCAGGCAUGGCUGUCGCUGGGUUGACUGUGGUGCGCUAUAUGACCAGCAAGAGGAACUUGUGCGGCACAUAGAGAAGAUCCAUAUAGAUCAGAGGAAGGGAGAGGACUUCACUUGCUUCUGGGCAGGAUGCCCACGAAGGUACAAGCCGUUUAAUGCCCGUUAUAAACUGCUGAUCCAUAUGAGAGUUCACUCAGGAGAGAAGCCAAACAAAUGCACGUUUGAAGGUUGCAAUAAAGCCUUUUCCAGACUAGAAAAUCUCAAGAUUCACCUACGGAGCCAUACAGGUGAAAAGCCGUACCUUUGUCAGUACCCUGGCUGCCAGAAAGCAUUCAGCAACUCCAGUGACCGUGCCAAGCACCAGAGGACACAUUUGGACACUAAACCCUAUGCGUGUCAGAUUCCUGGAUGUACUAAACGAUACACAGAUCCAAGUUCCUUGAGAAAGCAUGUGAAAGCCCAUUCUUUCAAAGACCAGCAAGUCAGGAAAAAGUUACGAUUGAGCUCAGACCUUGCCCAGGACAUCCUGAAUGACUGCCUCACAAUCCAGCCUGCCCAGACAGCCCCAUCACCGCAUAAUGCUGCAGAUAAUGCAAUAAGAUGCUCCCCAGGGCCUGGUCACAAUACUUACCCAGCAGCCAUGUUCCCCAGCACACAGAUAAGUCGAAGUGGGGCAGCCGGGGCAGUGCCCUUGUCCCAUCUCAGCAGCCACACCUCCCCAGGACAUAACAUACAGAGUAGUCCUCUCCAUCCUCCCACGCAGUUACCUCUUCUCUCAGCUGUGGACUCAGAGCGGUUUGUUGCUCUGGUUCCUUCUCCUCACCACAUCAGCCCCCAGAAAAUUUCAGUUACACAUCCCAUGAUGCAGAGACCGACUCCACAACCUCCCCACCUUCAACAUCCUGCAGGAAUGCCUCUAAAGACAUACCAGCCAGCAGCAACUCCUUCUUGUCAGCCAAGUAGCCUCCACGUCCAAGGUUUUUAUGGACAGCUUCAGACUUUCUGCCCUCCACAUUAUGCUGACAAUCAGAAGAAUGUACAACAUGGUGUUUCUUGCAGUAUGGUUCCUCCUUUUGAAGACUGCUUAGUUCCCACAUCAGCAGGCCAGCCAGGUGUUGGCCUUUUCCAUCGAUCUUUUACAGCUCAUUCUGGUAUUACAGUUUAUGACUUUCCAGCAGGGUCCACGGGUAUCUUUGGUGAUUCAACUCGCAGCAUGCCAGAGGAUAGUAGUUUCCUACAAGUAAAUGCAGUGGAUCAUUGCUCUAGCCAGCUUUCUUCUGUCUACACUGAAGGUUAAAUAAUAUAAAACUUGAUUUCAUUUCAUCUUGCCCUUCUGAUGUUUCUCUACAAAGUUUUUCUCUCCGUGGAACUGUCAUGUAUGUAUGGGGAUAUAGGAUAAUAUACAUACAUAAUGGAGAGGAAAAAGCAAUCACUGAGCAUUUAUCGUGUAAUCAAGCUGUCGACUAAGAAAGAGAAUGUUUGGAGAAAACAGGCUUUGCCAAAACCUUAGCAGUUGUUUCUUUUCCUUCUAUCUGUGGCACAGCAAGUCUACUUUUUUUUUCCUUUUUAAUGUCUCAAAGGGAAUUUGCAGACUGAAUAAGAAAACUUUUUGACUGUAAUCCUUUCAAGCUGAAUGGGUGGAUUUACUCAAGAACAAAGAUUUAGAAAACUCCUUAAAAAAAAAAAUCAAAACAGGAAAAGAAGUAAAUCCAGAGCAUACUACAAACGUUUCAAGGCACACAGCUUUUUGCACAACCUAUUUGAAUGUGAUGCUUCCAAAGUUAAAUACGCACCAGCAUCAAAAAGGGAGAGAUUAGACAUAUAUCCUGGCACUACCAAUGAGAGACAGCAGUGUGGCUACUUUUUGGAGCCAAAGACUGUUGGUACUGAAUUUCACACAGGUUUAGGUUUAGAUGUCUUUCCUUGCCUCUGUAUUUUAAGCAAUAUAAUAUGGCCAUUGCUAUUUUUCCAAUAUUCCUUCCAAUUCAAUACUUUAUGCAAAGGAUAAGAAGGGUUAAAUGCACUACAUGAGAAGGUACAUGUCUAUAUUUAGCAGAGCUGCUAGAUAAAAAUAAAUAUGUUUUAACUUUCUGUUGAUUUUUAAUUAUAUUGUAGAGCUUUAUUGCUGUAUAUGCUGUAGUACUCUGUAAGAAGGUUUAUAAUACCCUGUAGAAAAGAUAUUCUUCCCUAAAUUCCACAGAUUUUUUUUUUUAAAGCAAUCUGUACUAAAUUUUUGUUGCCCUAGAAUUUUUCAUUUCCAUAACACAUUUUCAGGAAGAAGAGCUUCUUUUAUUUUUAUUAUGUUCUCUCUGGUUAUUUAUAGAUGUAAAACUGAACUGUUUUGGUGGUCUUGAUUUUUCUGCUCAAUGUCAGUCUCUGUCCUUGAAUUUAGUCCAAGAUGCAAGCAAAUAAGGUUGUCCUUCAUGAAAGCUAGAAGUGUGAGUUAGAAAAAAUAUUUUUUCAGUGGAGUUGUGGCAUCACUGUGAUCCUACAUACCUUGUGAGCAACUCUUACAUUAUGUAAGACUGAGCUUUUAGGUUAUUAAUCCCUGCUCAUUAAUUUUGUGGACUUCUUACUGUGUACUAUGCAUCUUUAAUAUUCUUAUGACCUGAUUUAAUGAGGACAAAAAUCCAGAAUUCAUUCUUACAGGCUAGACCGUAACUAUGCUCCUGAAAUCACUCAUCUAGAAAGAUGAAUUAAAAAAAUGUUUAUGCAGACAUUUUCUUAUCCUGAGAAGCUUUUGAGAAUUGUUGAGUACAGUUUGGGUCAAAUUCAUAAGUUAAUUUGCCAUUAUGUUGCACAGAUGAAUUUAUGCCCAGAUAUUUAUAAACAUUGGCAAUCUUUUGAGCUUUAUAUUCAUGAAGUGUAUUCUUAUAUACAGGCAUAUGUGCUUAUAUAUUAAUGGAGAGAUUUUCAUCCAAUAAAUGCAAGGUAUAUAUGGAUAAACCAUGCAACUAAAUUAUGUACAAUAAGAACUAAUAUGGCUUAAAUACAAAUAAUUCUGUUCUAAAUUUUUCCCCCUUUUAUUCUGCUUCCCACAUCACAAGUGAAUGAAUAUGUCCCUCUGCUUCAGCUUGCAACAGGAGGUCAUUGUUACUAUAUGUGGUUUGCAUUGGGUUAAAUGGCAUCAGGUCUCCCUACACAGCUGUACAUGCACAGGCAAAAAGACAGUCCUUUUUGUAUUAGUGUAUGACCUGGCCUAGUGCAUUGACAGUGAGUUUUGCUUUUUAAUGAAGCUUUCAUUUUGUGCUACUUUACAGCCCUUUUUGUGGUCACUGCACAUACAUAAUUUGAUUUAGCAGAAGUAAUUAGGCACACCUGAACACCUCAGUUUAAGAUGUAUAGGACUAUGUUUUGUUCCACCGAAGUCAGUAAGGGCAGGAUCAGGCCCAGUGUGUACUUGUGCAUAUCUAUGUACAUAAAUAUUUUUUUAUUUAUAAAUCCUUGAAGGUUGUUCUAACCACACGGUUGUCCAGAAUUUGUCAGUUGCUGUGUACAAAACUGAAAUACCACUGCUGACUUCAGAUCUGUACCACCUUGACUUUUAGAUCUUUUGAAGUACUUUUUUCUGGUUAUCUGAAUAUACAAGCCAUCCAGUAGAGAGGAGGCUUAUACAGCAUGAAAGAGCCCGACCAAAGCAGAAGUGGGAAGACAGAAUUAUAAAAAGAGUAUCCAUAAUUUGGGAGUUCAUCAGGUACGUUUCAAAAAGGAAACUUUUGCAAGUCAUUGAUUCUUUCAUAUAUAUAUAUUUAAUAUAUAUAUAUUUACAGCUUUCUAUGAGCCUUAUUCUUAAAAAGAAGGCGCUGAAGUACAGUGAUAUUAAACACAUGAGAGUGGGUACCAGUCUAUACAAAGAUAUGCCUGUGUUUACUUCUGUAUCAAAGAUGAAGAGAAUUCUUCAUGAUUAUUUCAUUAUUCUCUUUGGAGCCAGACUGAUUUAGGGGAUCAGCUUAUGUCACUGAAGGCAACUGCAUAAAAAAGAACUGUUUUAUCUCAUGUAGUUUUGAUAUUUAAAUAGGGAAUCAUGUUUAUCACAUUACAAUGAAAAAUGGUGCUUGUGAAAUUACAUAGCAUAAUGCCAGUUACUGACUUAUAUGCAAAUACCUGUGCCUCGUGAUUUUUGUGUUGUUUUUCUACUUGCUGGAGUGUUAACUUUCUAAAGGGAUUCAUAUCUAAGAGAUGAAGUUGUUUUAGGCUAUGGACAUUAAACAAUAUUCUAAUGAAAUUAUUUACAAUCAUUCUUUUGUACAAUUAUUUUGUUUUCAGACUCAAAUGGUCUAUUUUUAUCUGCAUUGCAAAUGGGUCUACACUGGAGUUUAAGUUACAGGUUCACAGUGCAUGUGUACAUGUGUGAGUAUAUGUAAGUGCACGUGUUCAUUUGGAUCUCCCUAUAUAUAUACACAUACACACACAUACGUAUAGGCAUUAAUGGUUUACUAAUACUGAAUGCUGAAGUAUUGCAGGGCUAAGGCCAUCUGUCACAUUAUAUUUUGGUUUCAGCUUUCUUUGAAGAGGUGUGAACGAGUAUAAAAAUUACAUUUUUACAUUUAACCUCUUUUCCCUGUGUAAUUUUAUAGCAGAUUUUUAAGCAGCACUUUUUUGUUGUUUGUGUGAAAUUUUGUUCAGGGUUAUUGUUUCCUAGGAACAGAUAAAGCAAAAGAAAAAGACCACAAUUUAGAACUAGCCAGGUGGGGUUUAAUUUAAGAAAAAAAAAUAAUCCCUUUAUUCUAUACAUAAAGCAGCAUCUUCUGUAAUAUUUUUUACACAAAGCACUUUGUUGAGGAAAGAAAGUGGGAAUGUUUUUCCAGAACCUUACGGAGUAUUCUGUGAAUUUAUGCAUGCUUACACAUACAGAUAUGAACUCCAUUUGCCAUACUGUAUAUCUGGCUGAUAUUUGUUCUGAAGACAUAUUUAUUGCAUACCAUGAAGAAUAAAUUUUCAAAAUAAUUAGUUACACUUUUUUCACUAUUAGUGUGUAGAAUUCUGUGAUAUAUUACAGUUAUCUUUCAUAUAAUCUUAAGUUAUUUUUGUCCUGUUUCAUAAAAUUCUUUUUUAUGUAAAAGGUAAAACUGAAAACUGUAUUUGUAUAGUACAAAAUAAAACUGGAAGAUUAUAACUCAGUGACAUGACCAGUACAACAUCUUACUGUGAGAUGUCUUUAAAGAAUGCUGUUCCAGACAUUAUUCUUCAACAUAAAACUACUUGUAUUUGUAUGUAUUGGUAUAAUUAGAAACAGAAGUAGAAAAAAUAUUUCAGAGAUUUUUCUAAAAAACGUGUGGGUCAGAGUUUUAAGUCUGGAUUUAAUUAUUUUUAUAGAGAGGCUAGGAAUUUGUAGAAAUAAAAGAAUGCCUCAGUGUGUGUUUGCACCCUGGGUGAAGGCGCAAAUAAAAGAAGAAUAUCUACUUACAUUUUUGUGCCGUGAUAAUUUUUAUUGGUUUCCUUGUUCAUGUGGUUCUACAAUACAACCUGUAAAAAUAUUUCUCUAUCUGAUUAUUGUUUUCUGUCAUAUUCAAGCAAUAAAGGUAUUAUUUCAGGGUAUUUAAUGUAAGAAAAAAAAAGUGUAUAUUUUUAUUGUGCACUAGGGCAAAAUGCUAACAAAAGAUGGACACAGAAGUUGAUGCAUGCUUAUGUCCAUCCAUAUUGUCCAAAACGCAUCCUAAGAAUCCAGCAUGGUUAGGAAAUAAGAUACCUUUUAUCACAGCAAAUUAGACUAGAAGCCUAAGAACAAAAUACAAACUAAUAAAUUAUUUUAGUGCAAAAAAAGUCUUGUUAUGUGUUUGCAAAGAAGCUUUUGAAAAUAAUUGUCCAAGCUCAUUUUACUAUGAAAUUAUUGGCAAGGUGGGCUGAGUUAAUCAUGAGCAGAACAAAAGCUAGUAAGUUCAAAUUCACUGACUGGUGUACAUAUGAGCUUAGUAGAGCUUUACUAAAAAUGAACUUCACUUGCUGUAUUUUUAUUUAUAGUGCAUCUUAAUGUAGGCAACGUGCCUCAUUGUUUAGCAAAUACUGUUAGUGAAUCCAGUGAGCCACCAAGAAGACCUGAGAGUUGCUGAAUUCAAGUGGCUCAGAAUUCAGUUUUACUUUCUCAUGGAGAGCCCUUAAAAUGAGAAGUAUGCAAGUUGUCUAUGCAACGGUAGUAACACGGCUUGAAGUACCUCAAAGCAAUGUGCUUUUCUCUGUGUGUCUGAGCUAGGUCAGUUUUUCAUGAUGUCCUGCAAAGCCUCCUGUAGGAAAACAGUGAAUUGUAGUAAAGAAAUCAUGUAACAGCAAUAUUCCUCCAGAGGACAUAAUUUCUGAUUGAAGCUGCCUGAACUUUUUGUUCUGUAAGGUAUUACUGUUUGUUUGUUUCCUAUUUCAGAACAAUUUCUCAUGAGAUAGAAAAUGGGGAAGAAGGGGCGGUGGUGGUGAUUACUAUUUUGUUGCUUUUAUAUCGCUAUAGGAGUUUUCCCAUGUAUCUGUGCCAGAGCCACGGUAUAUUACUCACCUCAUUUUUUUUUUGUUCCACUC